AUGUCCAAAAUGCGUGCCGUGUUAAUCAAAGACGGGCAAGGUCCUAUUGAGAACCUUUACAUUGGGGAGACAGAUAAGCCAGUCCCAAUGAAGGGACAGGUUUUGGUAAAGAUUGUCGCAUUUGGCCUCAAUCGCACGGACCUUUCACAGCGUCAGGGCAAUGGUCCUGUACGCCUUGGCCCGAGUGUAUCCUCCAUUCUUGGUUUGGAAUUUUCUGGACGUGUGACUGAGCUCGGGGAAGGAGUGACGCGAUGGGCUGUUGGUGAUGAAGUCUUCGGUCUUGUGCGCGGCGGAGCUUAUGCAGAGUUCAUAAACUGCAACGAAGGACUCUUGUUGAAGAAGCCCAAUCACUUAUCUUGGGUGGAGGCAGCCAGCAUACCAGAAAACUACAUUACAGCCUAUCAAGCUCUUGUGAAGUACGGGGAAGUCAAGAAGGGUGAUCAUGUACUCAUUCACGCAGGCGCUUCUGGUGUAGGCAUAGCGGCUAUUCAAACGGCAAGGGAAUCAGGAGCGGCAACCGUUACUGCGACGGCAUCUACCCCAGAAAAACUCGAUUGGCUCCGGUCCAUCCCUAAUGGGGCGACACAUACUGUCAAUUACAGAACCGAAGACUUUGCCGCGGAGGUCAGGAAAACGACUAACGGAAGAGGCGUCGAUAUUGUCAUAGAUGUCGUUGGACAAAGUCAUUGGGCAAAGAACAUUCAAUCCCUCGCCAUUGAUGGUCGGAUGAUAAUGUUGUCUGCUUUGAGUGGGAGAGAAGUCCCCUCAGUCAACCUUGGCGAGAUACUUUACAAGCGUCUUCGCAUUCAGGGCUCUACGUUACGGUCGCGUAGUUUACAGUACCAGACCGAACUCAUCGCAAGCUUCCACGAUUUUAUCGAUAAGCUAACUGGCGCCAACGGAGGUGGUCCGAUACGGAUUUACGUUCACAAAGUAUAUCCUUGGACAGAGAUACAGAGCGCUCAUCGCGAGAUGGCUGACAAUAAGAAUAGGGGGAAGAUCAUCGUCGAAAUUCAGUAAGAAUGCGAACAACGUGUCAGCCGGAACUGGAGUCCAUCAAGAAUCCCCCGACUCUUCUGUAGAUUAUGGUUAAAAAGUUGCCACGGCCACAAGACAAUCAACGCGAGACGGAAUCAAUAGCUACUUCCAGCCGGAUUUAUUCAUUGAACGUGAAGGCGCUGUGGAUGGGGCAAUUUUUAACUCAUCGGAUAUCAACUUCCGCUUAUCACAAACAGUGCGAGAAUCACUGAUAUGCAAAAAUCAAACCGACGACAGGAACAGUACUUGGGCUCCUCGGAAUCUAACCCUUCGAGGGUCAAAUCCCAGUAAGUAUCGAACGAGUGCCCUUGCAUGCACUGUAUGAUACGUUGAGUGUUAAAACGACGCAGCAAGGAACACUGUCGGUAAGAGGA